AUGGCGAGAGUAGUGGAGUGCCGCGCCAAGUCGUCCCCGAGCGGUACUGCCGGCCUCAAGCUCUUCGGGUUCCGCGUGCCCGACAAGGAUGCGGCGGCAGGUGACGUGGGCGGCGGCGGGAGGAAGUACGAGUGCCAGUACUGCUGCCGGGAGUUCUCCAACUCGCAGGCGCUGGGCGGCCACCAAAACGCCCACAAGAAGGAGCGACGGCAGCUGCGCCGCCGGGUCCUCCUCCACUGCCCCCCGCCGGCGGCGAGGAACCAGCUGGCUCUCUGUCCCCGGAGCGCUUCCCUGGCCGCUGCGAAUUGGGUCGUCGGAUACUCCCCGACGCCGUACUAUAAUUGCACGGAGGCGGCGGUGUACGGAGGUGGGCUCGCGCCUGCGGCCGGGUGGUGCUCAGACGAGAGCCGCACGAUCGACGGUGGUGCGGUGGUCGUAGAGGGUGGCGCGGAGGACGUCAUUGGGUUGGAUCUACGACUGAGACUCGCUCCGGCGGGCUUUUGA